AUGCCUCCUAGAGUAGUAGCAAGUGACUCUGAUGAUGAAGAUGAUAUCAAUGUAUCGAGCCGUAGGCAGAAGAGACAAGUUCACUUUGACUCCAAUGCUGAGGAACCAAAAAAGGAGAAAGACGUUGAUCUACUAGAAGAUAAUGAGGGAAGACUGAAUAAACAGAAGAAAAGAAAGAGGAAGAAAACUCAAGGGAAUGAGAACCUUCAAGGUACAAAUGGUGGUUAUGCAUGGGAAGAUGAAAUUAAGAGAAGUUGGGAUUUGGUUACCGUCGAUGAGGAGGCAGAUAUGACCUCCUUGGUUGCCAGUUUAAUUGACGCAAGAAAGAAACGUGCAGCUAAAAGGAGUGUAACACCUUAUCAGCGUGGUAUUAUUAGAACAUUAAUUUUGACGUUGGAUUGCAGUGAAAGUAUGACAGAAAAGGAUUUAAGACCUACCAGACAUGCAAUGAUGAUUCAAUACUCCAUAGACUUUAUUCAUGACUUUUUUGACCAAAACCCAAUAUCGCAAGUUGGUAUAGUUAUAAUGAGAAAUGGACUUGCUCAACUGGUCAGUCAAGUGAGUGGCAACCCACAAGAUCACAUUGAUGCAUUAAAAAAAAUUAGAAAGCAAGAGCCGAAAGGAAACCCAUCCUUACAGAAUGCUUUGGAAAUGGCUAGAGGGCUACUUUUGCCUAUUCCGUCUCAUUGUACUAGGGAAGUGCUAUUGAUUUUUGGUAGUUUAUCAAGCACAGACCCUAGCGAUAUACAUCAAACUAUCACAUCUCUGGUGGAGGAAAGAAUACGUUGUAAGGUUAUUGGGUUAUCUGCUCAAGUAGCCAUCUGCAAAGAAUUGUGUAAACAAACAAAUUAUGGUGAUGAAUCAUUCUAUAAAAUUUUGUUGGAUGAAACUCAUUUUAAGGAACUUUUUGAUGAGGCUGUGGUCCCAUUGCCAGUUAACAGGAUUAAUAAGGGGUUCACAUUGGUCAAGAUGGGGUUCCCAACUAGGGUAUAUGAGGAUACGCCGACUUUUUGCUCAUGCCAUUCAAGAUUAGUAUAUGGAGGGUAUUUCUGUCCAAAUUGCCAUAAUAAAGUUUGUUCAUUACCUACUGUUUGUCCAUGCUGCGAUUUGAUGUUGAUCUUAUCUACACAUUUGGCCAGAUCAUAUCAUCAUCUAAUGCCAUUAAAGACAUUUAGUGAAGUCCCAGUUGAAGAUGGAGUCUUUCCGACAGAAAAUUGUUUCAGUUGUCAAAAGAGUUUCCCAACAUUGAGAAAUAAUAAAACCGGGAAAUUGUUAACCAGUUCACGUUAUAGAUGUUCAGAUUGCUCUCAAGAUUUUUGCAUAGAUUGUGAUGUCUUCAUUCAUGAAAUACUUCACAGUUGUCCUGGUUGUGAAUCCAAACCAACCAUAUAA